AUGGUUGACGGAAUGGCUGCCUCUCUGGAGUUUCCCAACAAUUGCUCCACCAACGUUUACACUCUGAACGAUUUUGGUGAAAUAGCCUACAUCGUCUGUACUGUGGCCACUCCGCCAUCGCAGGAUCCUUCAGCGUUUGUCUCGACACCGGAAAGCGCUCUUGCACGGCUCCAGAAGACCGAGCGCCAGUUCAGGGAAGCUUCUAUCCUUGCUGCGCUAGAUGUCGAAAAUCGCCAGCUGUUUACCUUCUACAAAAAGGUCGACAUUGCCAAUGCAAAGGACCAGAAGGCCUUGUUGACAAAAUUUGGGUAUGUCCUUCGCAGCAAUACCUGCACGAUCGCCUAUAAAACGGCCGCGCGGUUGCCAGACUUGAUGAAACCGGAGCAAGUCCGACUUUACCGGCUGUUUACAACUGCCAUCAUCUCAAGCAUCAAGUUGCUUCCCAAUGGCGACUCAGCACUUCGGCCUUUCGGCCCCAACCUUUACUUGGUACAGCAAAGCUCGUCGGACUCCGAAGUGGAUCAUUUCACACCCGAGGACCUAUGGUGUCUUCACCGGGUAGAUUUGCAAGUCAUUCCAAGCGGCUACAUAAUCUUGACUAUUGUCAAGGACCGUCGGCACUCCUUUCGUCGUGUAGUGGACGUCGAGAAAGACCUCAACUUCAAACCCUAUACCAGUCAAGCCAAUUUUCCGCUCUACCUUGCACCUCUGGGCCGCGUAGCACGCUUGGUAGGCGUUGCAACCGAUCCUACAUCGAAGGCUAGCGAGGGUGGCCAAGGCCAUCAAGUCACUGGUAGCCAAAAUGUAGAUCCUGCUAAGGAGCUAUGGCGAGACAUUCUCCCAACGUGGCUGGAGGAAAACACCAGCAUCACCCUGGGAAGCGGAGACGUUACUUGGGUGGAGGCACAAGUUGCUGUCCACGAUUCAGAACAACUCUCUACAGACACCACUGGCGUUUCGACCCCGAACAGUGGGAAAUCUGGAUCAGUCACUUGGAGGACGCUGUUUUGGCCUGCAAGCCUUUGUUUCGUACUUCACCAUGAACCAGCUUCCUUGAUCGAGUCGUUCGGCAUUUAUCAGGACCCGAUGAGAUUCAUCCGCGAUUGGAUUGCUGGGACUAUCAAUGAGAAGCCAAACAUCAAGCGCGAUAUUGACAUGAUAAACUUGGCCGAUGACGACGAUGAACCCCUGUUUGCCGAGAAUGGCACAUUUGACGACCCGGAACAUUUUCAACCAUUUGGGCCGCCAGCUUUUCCAGCCAGCCAGACAAUAUAUCCUACUCCCCCAGAUGCCGUCAUGACUCAUGCAACUCCUGGGCUAUCCUCCGUCGAUGGAAUUGCGAUGACACCCGCGAAUAUGUCUGGCAAGCCUGCGGACACAGCCCGGCGACCGGAUGUGGAAAUGCAGGAUCUCGAAGGACUGAACAAUGACAGCGCAAUGAGUGGAUUCUAUGACGAGGACCUCUUCGAGGAAAUGGCAGAGGACGAUUUCGGACAAGAGGGCACAGCUGACGAACCAAAUUGGGAUUUCUUUGACCGUCCCGGCGUCGAUUCCAAACCCACUCCAGCCAUGCUCUCUAAUCAAGCCGAAGGCCUUUCAAAGCAAGACGACACUUCCAUGUAUGCCUUUGAUGAGAACAUUGGCGUGAGCCUCCCAUCAGACGGAAGAGAGUACCAUAAUAGUGUCAACGCGGAGCCUGAUACUCUAAUGUCGGACCAGGACGAUACUAGAUACCAUCAAUCCCCAGAACAAAUUGGGGACUCAGACACCGUUAAGGCCAAAGCAUCGCAGCAGGAAAACCGACAUCCGAACACGGGCAAGCGUCGUUCUUCGAGCAUCUACGAACGCGUACAACAUCCUAUGACACCGUCUGACCGAGAUUACAAGUAUACUGCGAACGGAGACUUCUGGUUUGACCCCAACCCGGUAGCCCUGAAAUCCGGUGCCGAUGCUUUCAAAAUCUCCACCAUGGGAAUACUCACGUCAAACUCCUCGGACGACGAAAUUUCGAUGGAUAGUCGCUCAUCCUCCAAGGCAAGGGAGUCCGCCGAGAGGAAUCCUCCGAUGCUCUCACGACAGUGGACAGAGUAUCAUCCAGAACCCCCCACAACUGCGAACCAUCACGACGAAGUCGAACGGGCGGCAGCUGAGGCAGAUAUCAAGCAGCUACUCGAAGUCCUCAAGCCCGGUCCAACAGAAACUACCUCCAUUGUCGAUCUCCAGCCUCUGGAUACCAUUACGGGCAUAGAUCAACUCCCAGGCCAGAAAUUCUUGCAAAUUGCUCACAUCCUAGUUGACCAAAUCUCUCAAACGUCCUUGAUACCUCACGCAGAAAAGGACGAGCACCGAAACCUCAGUGAUGACAAUCUGGAGAUCGUCGCAGAUCUUCGCGGGAUGAACAGCUCAGCGAAUGCCUCGACCCUCUCGCAACUCGUUAGCUUGAAAACAGACUAUAACACUGUCAAGCUUCAAGGGAAAUUAUUCAAAUUGCAUCCCAAUCAAAUAGGCUUGAAACGAGCGGAUCAACCUCUUAUAGCCUCAAUGUCUAUCAUGGCAUUUUGGGAUAGUUUGAGUCUGCAACCAGCGCAUGGCCCGAAGAACGUCACCGCCUUUUGUAUUCAUCGGGACACCGAGGACGUAGCAGAUGGUUGUACAAACCUUCUGCUACGGAUGUCCGAUACAUACAAUACGUGUGCAUUCGGAUCGCACACUAUCGGCCGGCUCAGUGGAGUGGCGAAUGAUGGGAUGAUGGCAUGGAGUUCGACCGAAUCAGCACAACUGGACCUUCAUCACGCCUGCCAAACGAUGGGGACUGCUAUAGGAGCGGUUACCAACUUGACAGGCACAGUGUUGGUAUACAUGAUCAGCGACAGCGACAGCCCGGCUUCAUAUCUGGAAAUCUGCCAAGCCUUUAAUGGCCUUUUUGAGUCCUUCGUAGCUAGGGCUGACAAGAAGCACGUCACCGAUAUUGCGCUGCAAAUCGUCCCUCGCAGCUUCAUCGCUAGCCCCGAGUCAUUGAUUGUUCCCCCGCAAGCUGCCUACCUCAAACUGGCAAUAGAGGUCUACAACCGUCUGCCACCCGCAGACCCCGGAGGUUCAGCCGCUGCGUGCGACACCGCCGUUGUGUUGUCAAAAGCAGAAAAUCCUGUGCAUCUUCAAUUGGCUUCGAUCUAUGCCUCUCCACUGUCAAGGAACGGUGAAUGCCUCCAUCUGGCAUACUCCGCAAGCGUUGACGGCCGGUGGAUCACGGCAGCGUGGACCGAUGACCUUGGACAUCUCUCCCUUGCUAUGUCCUACUGUGCGCGAAGACGCGACUCUACCAGGAUACGACCCCGACAGGAAAUCUUGAAGGAAAUGUGGCAAGUAUCUCACGACCUCAUGAGCAAGACCCAGGGACUAUGGCGGCUUGGGGUCAUCAAGCAAGGUUAUUACACUCUGAAAGAGCUUCAAGAUUGGCGGCAAAUUUUCGAGAGCUCUACAACAUCCCAGAAACGAUGUUUGCCAAUGCUCCUCUCAGCCCAGCUUGACCCGAAGCUCAGAGUCUUCACCCACAUGGCCUCUGGGAAACCGGCGCAGCCCUCACAAAACUUGUAUGGCACUCCUGUUUCAACUCCGCAAGCUGGUGUCACGUCACCCGACCAGCUUGUUCCUGCCACUCCGACGCCAGGUGGCACCUCCAUGAUCAACGCGUCGACGCCUCCUGAACCUGGUCUUGAUCCAAAUGUCGACGGUGACCUGACUCUGGUGGAUCCUGCCGAAGACAGUUGGGGGAUCAUCCUGCCUUACGGAAUCAAUCAGUCCAACAACAUGGUCGAGCUGCGACCGGCGCUGGCAACUGGAGUGUUGCUAAAGCGUAGAGGACCCAAGCUUGAGGACGGCUGCAUCUCUAUUGAAGUCAGUCUCAUCUACCUCCCUUCGCAUGCAGCGGAUGGCUCAGGCGAGGCAACACCGGAUGAAUUAUUGGAUGAUGUGAUCAGGCAAUAUCGCGGUCUCCUGACCUUGGGCGUGACGCGAGGCUGUGUUGAUCCUUCGGACGAGUGCAUCCCGUGGCAUAUUGCGACCGCGACUAGAGGGUCCAAGGCUCUUGGACAGGUCAUGUAG